AUGGCCGCCAUGGAACACAGCAUGGGAAAGGAAGAGAAAGUAAAGGAACGUUUGUCUGUCACAGACCGAUAUUAUAAACGAAAAUACAAGAUAGGAAAAACUGAAGACCAGGAUGUAUGCGUAUUGGCACACUCAAACAGAGUAUGCAUCAUUACCCUUGCACCCAGUCAUCCUGUUGUAGCAAAGAAAAAGAAAGUGACCUCUGUCAGUUUUGAUGUCAGUGAGGCCAACAGAUUGGACAAUAAGGUGUCGGGCAAAGGCAAAAAGGGGGCACAGUGGCUGAAGACGGCCUCAGAACUGUGUAAAAUUGAAUGUGAAGACGGAGAAAACUACAUAUUUCCUGCGGGUCUCCCGGCACAGCUGAUAGAGAUAAACGAGAAUCUAGUUCAUUCUCCAUGUUUGUUGACAGAAAAGCCACAUACUGAGGGAUACAUUGCUAUUGUCUUACCAAAGCUAAAAGAAUACGAUUAUGUGAUGAAGAGAUUGUCUACGGAGGAGGCCUUCAAGCAAGCACGUCCAGAUAUAACGUAGCAGAUAUUCGCUAAGUAGACUGUUUUAACGUUGAUAUUCAUACUUGUUGUACUGUUUGCGAUUCAGUUAAUAACACAAUAUCACUCUGA